AUGCCCGCUGCGCUUGCGACGAUGGUAUCGCGCCUGCAUGCUAAGGAUCCAGUGUCCAUGGACGAGCUUCUGAACCCGCCGGUUGAGAACACAACUGCAGAAGAUCCCACAGAUGAAGACUUUUGUGGAGUUGGCGACCAAGAAUUGAAUGUAGAUGGCUCUGACAACGGCACAGAAAACCUGGACGAGGUCGAUAUAGAGCGUAGUACAUAG